AACAUCAUGGGCGGUAAACGUUCUUACUCUUUAUCUGAUUGCCUGUCGGCCUCUCUCUCUCACUCUCAGUCUCUCCAAACUAGCUGAAGCGAAAUUUUGUAUGCUUAUCCUCUGGUUCCUGGGUCGUUAAAGUUGUUGGAGAUUGAAGUUUCCCAACUCCAACCAUGGCCUCCACUCUACACUAUGCCUCCUGACCCUCAUCGUAUUAAUAUGCCUCAUGAUUCUCUUUCAGCCCAAAAAUAUUACCUUACCGUUGUUGCACACUGUCAGCCCUUCAUAAUGGUUCUUUGUCAGCUCAUUCUUCUUCUCCAUGGUACUCCUACAAGAGCUUGAGAGUGCACUUAACCUCUUCUGAUCAAUUUAUGUUCCUGUUUCCAAUCCAACAAAUAAAGCCAUCUCCUUCUUUGUUUCUCUGUACGGCUUCGCUUUCAGAUGUUGACAAUGAUGGCGUUGAAGACCCUGAUACCCCCACUAGCAGUAGCAGUAACAGAAAUGGAUCAGUGGUGUUGCGUGCCAAAGGGUCAGGAACAACGGCGAGAGGACGUAGAUUGUUGAAACUUCGUGAAGAGAAGAGGAAACGUGAAUAUGAUCAACUUCACAACUAUCCUGCUUGGGCCAAAGUCCUAGAAGACGCUUGCAGGGAUGAUGCUGAACUCCGUGCCGUCCUUGGUGAUAGCAUUGGCAACCCAGAUCUCAUGAGGAAAAGGGUUGAAGACAGAGUUCGAAAGAAGGGAAGAGAUUUCGGUAAAUCAAAGACGGGUUCUGUACUUUCCUUCAAAGUCAGCUUCAGAGACUUCAACCCAAUUGACUCUUACAUAUGGUUUGAGCUAUUUGGAUCACCGUCUGAUCGAGAUGUUGAUCUCAUUGGUAGUGUUAUUCAGUCAUGGUAUGUUAUGGGGCGUUUGGGUGCCUUCAAUUCUACUAAUCUUCAGCUGGCAAAUACAUCCAUGGAGUUCGAUCCUCUCUACGAUGCAGAUAAGGGUUUCAAAGCAUUGCCUUCAUCAUUUCAUGAUAUCAGCGAUGUUGAGUUUCAGGAUAACUGGGGUCGUGUUUGGGUUGAUCUUGGUACCGCGGAUAAUUUUGCCAUAGAUGUACUCCUCAACUGCUUGACAGUCUUGAGUUCAGAAUAUUUGGGAAUUCAGCAAAUAGUUUUCGGUGGUCGGAGCAUGGGUGACUGGGAAGAAGGGAUGACAAACCCAGAGUAUGGAUACAAGUACUACAAGAUAUGAGAGCCAUAAAUCUCUGUAUGUGAUGUUGUAUGCACAAUUGUUACAGUACAAUUGUUAGUUUCUCCUCUCUCUGUUGUAUCUCUGAGUGUCAUUCUCUCUGAAGUAUGAGGAAACCUGUUUCCUGAAAUAGUUUUCCGAGAGUUAGUUUCUA